AUGGCCGAGGGCUCGGCGGAGCUGGAGCUGUUCCGCCGGCGAUGGCGGGAGGAGCUGGCGGCGGGCGGCAAGAAGCGGAGGCGGGAGGCGGCGGAGGGGCCCGGCGGGACGGGGAGGGACGGGUCGGGCUGCCUGGCGUUGGCCUGCGGCUUGCUGGACGGCGAGAGCCCGGCCCCGAGCAGCCCUCCGCCCGCCCGGCCCCGCGAGGAGGCCGUGAGGGAUGAGGCCGACGACCUGCUGGGACAGCUCAUCCGAGACCUGAAUGAAAUCAAUGAGGUUCCUUUCUUUGAUGUCCAUCUGCCGUAUGAACUGGCAUUGAAGAUAUUUCAGUAUCUGGGAAAGGCUGAACUGGGAAAGUGUGCUCAGGUCAGCAGAACAUGGAAAGUGCUCGCAGAAGAUGAAGUGCUGUGGUACCGGCUGUGCCAACAGGAAGGAUACCUGUUGGGUGUGAGCAUCUCUGAUCGGCCCUGCUGGAAGCUGGCCCUGAAGGACUGCCGUGCCAAAGAGCGUGCUCUGCGAACCAACUGGAAGAACCGCAGUGGUGCCGUGAGUCAGCUGCAAUACGAGCUGGGAAAAAUCCUGUGUGAUGUACAUUCUUGUGAUGGAGUUGUUAUUGCUGGAUACACAUCGGGGGAAGUGAGGUUGUGGGACACGCGCACCUGGGACUACACAGCCCCCAUCCUGGAACCAGUGCAGGGUCCUGGUGAUGUUGGACCUCAGCCACAUGUCUCCUUUGUGAGGAUAAACAGCUCUCUGGCUGUAGCAGCUUACGAGGAUGGUACUGUGAGUGUUUGGAGCCUGAUGGUGGGGCGCGAGCCAAUCCAUCGCUACCAGCAUAACCAGAGGAUACAGGCUUUAGCUCUGGGUUCCAAGGGUGCAACAGUAGCAACAGCAUCUGGCUUAGAGGUCAAGGUGGAAAGCCCUGAUGACAGGGGAUUCUGGCAAACUACAGGAACAUUCGAAAUCCAGAAGUUGGUGAACUUCCUUCAUCUGGUUCCAGAGGUCUGGGACAGUCCGGUGGCAGUAGCAGCUGCAGAAGAUGUUGUCUAUCUGCUGAAAGGAGAAGACCCUGGGAAAAUCCUUCAUUCUGUCUAUGGUCAGCCUGUCACGUGUCUUGAUGUCUCUGCUCAUGAAGCAGCCUUUGGGGUCAAAGGCUUUGGCUGGAUACUGAAUGAGCCCAACCAGGUUCUUCUUUACAACCUGGAAACGAGUCAGUGUCUAAGGAAGCUAGGCAACUCCAUGGGUGACUUUACAUGCGUCAACCUCCAGGACAGUCCUCCAAACAUGCUCGUUACAGGCAAUAAAGACAGAAGGGUCAGGGUGUACGACCUGCGCGGGAGCGAAGCGCUGUGCUCCCUGUUUGCCCACCGCCUGGGGGUGUCAGCAGUGCAGAUGGACGACUGGAAGAUCGUCAGUGGGGGAGAAGAUGGGCUGGUGUGUGUGUGGGACCAGCGGAUGGGCGCCAAGCUCUGGGAGAUGCACGCCAGGCAUCCAGUGCGCUAUGUGUGGUUUAACUCUCACAGCCUCAUCACUGCCAACAUCCCUGAUGAGAAAACGCCCCGCGGUGCCAGCAUCAUGGACGACGACCUCACUGCACACCGCAGGCAUCGUGGGAUCAUCUAUGCCUACGAGUUCUCUGUGGACCAGCUGGCUGUGGAGAGCGUCCUCCCCAUCUGCCGCUCUUCCUACGACGAGGUGAUGGGUUACAACUACAACAUCAGCCUUGCAGUGCCCUACGACCACAUCUAGCUAACUCACCUGGCUCAGCACUCUGCCACAUGAGAGGCUGAAGGCAGAAGGGCGACUCGGAGGGGCUGAGCACCAGCAGGACUUGUUGGCUGCAGGUGGGGAGCGCUGAGCUUUAGCUGAAAACAUGGGGCUGUGAACCACAGCAGAGCAGGGCUGCCCUCAAGCUGAUUGCUAGAGCGUGUUGUGCAAGGGUCCAGAGAUCCUCUGCAGAGGAGCAGGGAGACUGGAGGAUGAGGGGGAGCUGUGCACUUCGAUGUGAACAGAAGUGUUCUGUCCUGCUGCUUGUGGGAGGAAUGCUGCAGAUCCCAUCCUGGCAGAGGGCAUGGGCUGCUCGGGAGGCAGGAAUCCUGAUGGCAAACUGCUGAGAUGGGAGAGAGCAGCAAGGAGGGCACGGCCUGCAGGUGCCUCUCCUGGGGGAGGAAAAAUGGGAUUUGGAGAAAGCACCUUGCUGAGCCCAUGUGUCUGGCACUGCUUUCCUAAUAGUGAGCUGCUCGCUGCUCUUUGAGUGCAUUGGGAUGUGUCCAGAAACAGGCAGGGGCACUGAAGAUGAUGGGGCUGAUGAGGUGAAUGUUGGCCGUGUCCGGCCUGGAUGACUGGAAACCCACAGCAAGUCACACACAUAGCAAUGGUUUUAAAGCAAAUUAUUUUUUUAAUUCUCUACAAUUCUAAAUUAAAUAUUUUCUGAUUCUUUUAUGUGUA